AUGGAUACCGAGAAAGGCCUUUCAGGUUGUCUACCGGAAAUCAACUUACUUUUUCAGGGGCCUACACCAACGGCUGCUUGCAACAGCCGAAAGAGUGGAUAUACGGCUAGCGAAUCCAGUGCUGUGUUGUCAGUAGACGCCGACACAGGCACUUUCACUUCCGUGACCGACCCUGAAGCCAGGUGGCGAUCGCACAUCACCCCACGCCCCAGUGACAGUCGUCCGCUCCGUGAAAAUGUCAGUGAUUAUCACUCCAUGUACCUGACCCCUGCUUACUGCACACAGCCUUAUCAAAUUUCCUCCCCUCCCUCACCCGUCCCCGAGCACAAGCGGAUCUCGCCAUGCGGGUGGCGUGAGUACGAUGAGGUGUAA